AUGACUCACAGGAGGUGCUUUGAGUGUUUAGAUCGUAGUUUGAGAGAUAUUUUGUCUCAGGAUAAUGUCUCUAAUGCUGCUCUUGAUUUCGGGGGCCUUCCUAUUAUGCUUGGCGGGGAUUUUCGGCAGGUGCUUCCUGUUCUUCCUGGUUCUUUGAAAAGCGAAGUGCUUGACGCCGCGAUCUGCAGUUCUCCUUUGUGGCGUGAAGUAAAGGUUUUUAAGCUUCAUGAUAACAUGAGGUUGCAGUCUGAUAAAUUAUCAGAGACAGACAGGUUGUUGCUCAGCGAAUUUGCCCAGUGGGUGCUUGACGUGGGUGAUGGGGUACUUCGUGCACGUCGUUACAAAGAUGAUCCUGAACGUGUUUGGGUUGAUAUUCCUGAUCGCUUUUUGAUUAAGGUGUCUGCUAUCGUUGGUGAUGUGUACCAUGACUUUGUUUUGCAUCAUGAUAACAUGGAUUACUUAGCUGGCAGGGCUAUAAUAUGUCCAACCAAUGCUGUUGUGGAUGAAAUUAAUGAAUACGUUACUUCUAUGGUGCCUUCUGAAGAAACAGAAUAUCUUAGUGCUGAUAGAAUUGCUCCUUGCUCUGAGCAGGUGCCAAAUGUUGAUGUCCUUUUCCAGUUGAGUUCCUGA